CCAGAGAGUUCCCGAAAGUAAGAUGGCUGCGAUCAAAACAAAGUGCCAACCCUAGUGCACCUGCGGUCUAGGAAUUCGCGCCGAAAUUUGCCAAAAUUGGACUGUUCGGCAGUCGACAACGCUACAGUUGAUUUGGAAAGAUUUUUUCUAAGGUCAAGAACGUGCGUUUGGCUCCGCAGCAGCAACACCGUUGACGAGAGAAGACUCGAAGGUAGAGACAUUCGCGGCGCCGACCGCGGAUUUCGACAGCGGAAAGUCAUCAUUCGGCCCGACGACGACCUCGCGCUGUCAAGGUGGAGGAACUUCGUCUCCGAAAGGUGACGUCGUUAUGACCAUGGAGGAACCGGGCACGCCGUCUACGACGGCGUCGUCGUCGCCGCCGCCCGCGGAACCUCUGCUUGAUGACGACGGUGGAAGUUCUCCAAGCAGGAGCAGCGCCGGAUCUUCCACUUCCGCUCCCACAAGCCGUGAGAUGCGAAAUCGGGCUGAGAAGCAGCGCCGAGAUAAGCUGAACACAUACAUAGCUGAAUUGGCGCAGAUCAAUCCCUUCAUCAGCGGUAGCGACAAGAAGAUGGAUAAGACUUCUGUGCUUAGACUCUCCGCUGCAUGGAUGCGAUAUCAAAAAUACUGCGAUGCCUUGGACACAAACAAGCCACAGGCUUCAAGCGUCUUCGAAAACAACAACAGCAUCAGCAAUGUUAACAACAACAGUAGAAGUUUGGACGCUGCGUCCUCAUCACGUAUUUUCUACACGGGCGAUUUGCCCAUCCCUGAAAACCUGACUGAACACAUGCUUGAGGACAUGAACUGCUUCCUGCUGCUUGUGUCCUCGACUGGAAAAAUUGUAUUUGUCUCCUCAUCGGUUGUGAAGCUCCUGGGCCAUUCGCAGAACGAUUUGAUGGGACAGUCGAUAUUCAACAUCACCUGUCCGAAUGAUCAGGAUACGCUACGUAAGAACCUGCAGAUGGAUGAUGACGAUGAGCCAGGACCAAGCACAAGACCUGAGCCAAUGCGCCAGCGUAAAAACUUUUUUGUAAAAUUGAGUCAGAAGUCUUCAGGCCGAAGCGACAGCGCCCAGUACGAGAUAUUUCAAAUCAUUGGCAACUUGGUGGUGUUGAAUUCCGUAUCCGGCAGUACAAACACCGAUACCCACUCAACCCAGAUCUGCCGAAAGACUGUUGGUGCGUCUCGAGCAUGCAAAGACGGCGGUCAGCAGCAGUCGGGCCAGUCGGACUUGGUACUAAUGGCUAUUGUAAAAUCAGCCAACCUGCACUCGAGCGAUUUGGUGCGCAUGGAUGCCAAUAAGGAGGAGUAUUUCACAAGGCAUUCUCUUGAGGGUGAAAUCAUCUAUUGUGACCAAAGGAUAUCUGUUACUGCGGGCUACAUGGUUGAGGAAGUUUUUGGUGUGUCUGCCUUCCGCUACAUGCACCAUGAUGAUGUUAAUUGGUGCAUUGUUUCACUAAAGCAAAUGUACAGCAAGGGUGGUGGAUUUGGUUAUUCAACGUAUCGACUGCAGGCAAAAACGGGCAAUUUCAUCUUCUUGCGAACGCAUGGAUACCUUGAGUAUGACAAAGAGUCCAACAAACCGGUGUCCUUCAUCUGCAUCAACACGCUACUCUCCGAGGAAGAGGGUUGGCGAGGUUUGAAAGAGAUGAAGCAACGCUUCUCUGCCAAAGUCAAGAAUCAAGGGGCCAUCAUGCCAGCUUCUGAGGAUGAGGAAAAUAUAAAAAAGGAGAAUGAUACAACCCUAGAUGAUGAUAAGAUUGAUAUGCUUGUUGAAAAUCAUCUGAGCAAUGUAUCACCUUUGAUUAAGUUGUCAUUAGAUGACGUACCUGAUCCUGAAUAUGUCAAAUGCGUUGUUGCCUCAAAGCAACUCCCGCCACCAAGCGUUUCGAUCAAGUCUGCGCUGGCAAGUAAGCGUCGAGAUUCGGUUCCUGGACGAAGUCCACAGCACAGUGUGGCCUCCCCUCGGUCCCCUGCAAAGGAGUUGCCACCAUCACCAGUGGCGCUGCCACCGCCACCACCACCGCAGACGUUGUCUCUGCAGGCUGAUGUGUUUCAAACAGCCAAGGGCACAUGUCCGAAGAGACCGAAGGUUCCAGGACGUCGGGGAAGACCUAGAGGCUCAGGAGGCAUCAAGCGACGGGCGGCCCAGGUGGAGUCAACUUCGACAAAACGGAUGACCCUCGAAAGCACUUUCGAGUCCUUUGACUCCGAAACAGCACUACAGAUGGGACUUUGGGACGUUGACACGAGUCCACUGCUCAGCUCCACUGCAGACUUCCUGGACCCUCUCCCGCUCUACGAUGAUAGUACAGACCUGUCGUUGUUGAGCGAAUUGCAGGAUGACCUUCUCCUUCCAAUUUCACCGUCACAACCAGAUAUUCGACAUCAUCACCCCGCCUCCAAGGUUAUUUCGAGAGAUUCCCUUGAUGAGGCGGGAGUAUUGAACCAUCUGAAAACAGAUGUUGUAUGAACAGUGUUUAUUUGUGUUUUGUUUCCAUAUGGACAAUCGUGUAUGAUUGCAGCACCUUGUACUAAGAGUAGGCUCUACUAUUAUUCUAUGUAAAUGCUUUUUUCGGCCGACAUGAUUUUUGUAUAAUACGAAGAAAAAAAAACACACUACAUCAACUGCCUAAGGAGAAGAAAAAGAAACAAACGCGACGCUGCUUCAUUUUGCUCACAUUUUAGACAGAAAACAGAAGAACUUAAAACGUUUUAUAUCGCAUAGAUCUUAGAACUGAUCAAGGCUAAGCGGCGUCCUCAUCCCUGAAAUCAGACAUUGCUUAAAGAUAUAUUUUUUCAAUCAAAAUUCAGUAAUCAAGAAUACUUUAGACCUGUGUCUAUACAUUUCAUCCUUUUUGUCCACGUUCGUAACUACUGAGCAGGCAGCUUGUUUUCAAAUGACUUUUGCGGGCGCCGCCGCUAGCGCAAAUUAAUACAGCCUAUUAUACAAGAACACAAACAUAAUGCUGUAAUCUAAAUAGCGUAAAUGAUUAAUUAACUAAUCGUACUGAGAUUGUUUCGACUGAAGAGAAAUUAUGGUUAACCUCGAUUAUUAAAUCGCCCCAGCAGCGUUGAAUUCGAAACGUAACGACUGAAUUUUAUCGUAAAUAAUGGAAAAAAAACUCGGAGUCUUAUUAAUCUUAGGCGUAUAAUUAAUUAUAUUGUAUGAAAUCAUUAGCAGAUAUAUAAUUAAUAAUUGAAUAAGGAAAUCUUGUAAACAAUUUAGAACUACUUCUUGUAAGAAGAUUGGCUGGUGGUUUCAGUUAGGGUGGCAAACUUAGCCUCCAAGGUUAUGCAUAAUGUUAUUGUUCUUACAAUUCUUUCUAUCGUGCUGCUUUGUUAUUUGUUCAAAUAUUUUACUAUUUUCAAAAAAAAAGUGCGCAAAUUCUGCUCUAUCCGUAUGUAAAUCUCAAAUUUGCACCUGUUUAAAAUCUAAAAUGUCUUUGAAUAUUGUAAAGAAAUUUUUUGAUUAUUUUAUCAUAGCAAAAUAUUUUUAAUAUUCGGCACAUUUUCGAAAGAUUUUUUUUUAAACAACUACGAUGUCUUAUAUAUAGCAGCACCCUGUUUUAUUCAUAAUGUAUUAUGACUGUUCUUCACAUAAUUUUGAAAUUGCGUGCGCCUUGUUUGCGUAUGGCGUCUUUUUACUUAGUGGUUUUAAUUUUUCAAAACAAAAAUUGUGUAUUUAAAAUUUAUAUGACUAUAUAAUUAUUAUAAAAUAUUGAAAUAAAAAUGUAUUUUUCACAGAUGUGCUGCUGCUGCUGUAUACUAAAAUGUAAUUCAAAUUCUGCAAUUCUUAAAAGCGGAAAAAGUAUGUUAGCUCUGCUCGAACCUCUUAAUUUGAUUGUCAGUGGGAUGCGCAAAGUCUUGGAUUAUUAUUCAAAAAAUUUAAAAAAAAAAUUAGGAGGUUCGGGCGGAAUCGGCCGCUCAUCAGAAGUGUAAUGUGGCGUUUUUUACAUUUCCUCACACCACUCAGGAAGGCGUUGGGACUUUGGCAGAGGCACCCAAUUGUAUUUUUAGUCAACUUCAUCUUUAAAAAUUCAAAGUGAAAAAAUUAAAAAUUGAAUUUGUAUGCAAGCAAAGUCCCAGGCCGGCAAACAGAUCCCAUUUUCUCGCUACAAUGUUGAAGAACACUCACGACGGACUAAUUAAUUAUUAAUCAAUUAAUUGCUACAAAGACUGAUGAUAUUGAUGAUAACAAAAAGAAAAAAAAUACACGACUGCGUGCCAUUAAAUACCUCAUGUUUAACUCAACUCUCUUUAUUUCUGAACUACUUGUCGAUUUUCCUGCGGCUUUGGAUUUUCAGACUUUCUUUUUAUUUUGGUUUUCGUUGCACGUACGGGUCUGUUGUUAAUUGAUUAAUCACUUUGCUAAUUUUCCAGAGGUAAUUUAAAUGUGAAUUUUGUUGCUGUUGCCGAGCAUUUUCUCAUUUCGCAAUCGAUAUGUAUGCCACUCAUUUUCACUCUCACUGAAAAACAUUUGUAAAGGAAAAAUGCCAUAUUAUGUACGAGGAAAAAAUAAAAAUGAGCUGCGAGUUUAGUAAAAUAA